UAUUUUUUUCUGUCUGCAGCUGAUGCUUCUUCUGGCACUUCCUCUGCAGAAUUGGUCUGAUGGAGCAAAGGCACUCAGCACAGCUCGGUGCAAAAAGGCAACAAUGCAACCAGUGUGCAUACAGCACGGAUCAUGUUCAACAUCUGAUACAGCACCAGAGAACUCACGCAGGAGAGAAACCCUUCAAGUGCAGUCUGUUGCGGAAGGCGUUUUCACAGUCAUCUGCUCUUGUAUUAUAUCAGAUAACUCACACGGGAGAGAAACCCUUCAGUUGCACUUUGUGUGGGAAGGCGAUUGCACAAUCAUCACAUCUUCAAGCACACCAGAGAACACACACGGGAGAGAAACCCUUCAGUUGCACUCUGUGUGGGAAGGCGUUUGCACAAUCACCAUAUCUUAAAUUACACCAGAGAACACCCACGGGAGAGAAACCCUUCAAGUGCACUGUGUGUGGGAAGGCGUUUGCACAUUCACAACAUCUUCAAUUACACCAGAGAACACACACGGGAGAGAAACCCUUCAAGUGCACUGUGUGUGACAAGGCAUUUUCAUAUCCAUCAGUUCUAAGGAACCACCAGAGAACACACACAGGAGAAAAACCCUUCAAGUGCAGUGUGUGUGGGAAGGCAUUUUCACAUUCAUCUGCUCUUAAAAAACACCGGAGAACACACACAGGAGAUAAACCCUUCAAGUGCAGUCUGUGCGGUGUUGCGUUUUCACAGUCAUCUGCUCUUGUAUCACACCACAGAACACACACAGGAGAAAAACCCUUCAGUUGCACUGUGUGUGGGAAGGCGUUUGCACAUUCACAACAUCUUAAAAUACACCAGAGAACUCACACGGGAGAGAAACCCUUCAAGUGCACUGUGUGUGACAAGGCAUUUUCACAUUCAUCAGAUCUUAGGAACCACCAGAGAACACACACUGGAAAUAAACCCUUCAAGUGCAGUGUGUGUGGGAAGGCAUUUUCAGAUUCAUCUACUCUUAAACAACACCGGAGAACACACACAGGAGAAAAACCCUUCAAGUGCAGUCUGUGCGGGAAGGCGUUUUUACAGUCAUCUGGUCUUGUAUCACACCAGAGAACACACACGGGAGAAAAACCCUUCAAGUGCACUGUGUGUGACAAGGCAUUUGCAUGGUCAUUAGGUCUUCAUAGACACCAGAGAACACACACAGGAGAGAAACUCUUCAGGUGCAGUCUGUGCGGGAAGGCGUUUUCACAGUCAUCUGGUCUUGUAUCACACCGGAGAACACACACGGGAGAGAAACCCUUCAGUUGCACUCUGUGUGGGAAGGCGUUUGCACAGUCAUCAAAUUUAACACAGCACCAGAGAACUCACACAGGAGAGAAACCCUUCAAGUGCACUGUGUGUGACAAGGCAUUUUCAUAUCCAUCAUUUCUAAGGAACCACCAGAGAACACACACUGGAGAGAAACCCUUCAAGUGCACUGUGUGUGGGAAGGCGUUUGCACAUUCACAACAUCUUCAAUUACACCAGAGAACACACACGGGAGAGAAACCCUUCAAGUGCUUUUUGUGUGACAAGGCAUUUGCACAGUCAUCAGGUCUUCAUAGACACCAGAGAACUCACACGGGAGAGAAACCCUUCAGUUGCACUUUGUGUGGGAAGGCGUUUGCCCAAUCAUCACAUCUUCAAGUACACCAGAGAACACACACGGGAGAGAAACCCUUCAGUUGCACUCUGUGUGGGAAGGCGUUUGCACAGUCAUCAAUUUUUAAACAGCACCAGAGAACUCACACAGGAGAGAAACCCUUCAAGUGCAGUCUGUGCGGGAAGGCGUUUUCACAGUCAUCUGGUCUUGUAUCACACCAGAGAACACACACGGGAGAUAAACCCUUCAAGUGCAGUGUGUGUGGGAAGGCAUUUUCACCUAAAUCUACUCUUAAAAAACACCGGAUAACACACACAGGAGAAAAACCCUUCAGUUGCACUCUGUGUGAGAAGGCAUUUGCACAUUCACAACAUCUUAAAAUACACCAGAGAACUCACACGGGAGAGAAACCCUUCAGUUGCACUUUGUGUGGGAAGGCGUUUGCACAAUCAUCACAUCUUCAAGCACAUCAGAGAACACACACGGGAGAGAAACCCUUCAGUUGCACUCUGUGUGGGAAGGCCACGGAUCGUGUUGGACUUUUAACACAGCACCGGAGAACACACACAGGAGAAAAACCCUUCAAGUGCAGUCUGUGCGCGAAGGCGUUUUCACGGUCAUCUGCUCUUGUAUUACAUCAGAGAACACACACGGGAGAGAAACCCUUCAGUUGCACUCUGUGUGGGAAGGCGUUUGCACGUUCACAACAUCUUAAAAUACACCAGAGAACACACACGAGAGAGAAACCCUUCAGUUGCACUUUGUGUGGGAAGGCGUUUGCACAUUCACAACAUCUUAAAAUACACCAGAGAACACACACGGGAGAGACACCCUUCAGUUGCACUCUGUGUGGGAAGGCGUUUGCACAAUCACCAUUUCUUAAAUUACACCAGAGAACACACACUGGAGAGAAACCCUUCAAGUGCACUGUGUGUGACAAGGCAUUUGCACAGUCAUCAGGUCUUCAUAGACACCAGAGAACACACACGGGAAAGAAACCCUUCAGUUGCACUCUGUGUGAGAAGGCAUUUUCAUAUCCAUCAGUUCUAAGGAACCACCGGAGAACACACACGGGAGAUAAACCCUUCAAGUGCAGUGUGUGUGGGAAGGCAUUUUCAGAUUCAUCUACUCUUAAACAACACCGAAGAACACACACAGGAGAAAAACCCUUCAAGUGCAGUCUGUGCGGGAAGGCGUUUUCACAUUCAUCUGCUCUUGGAUUUCACCAGAUAACUCACACAGGAGAGAAACCCUUCAAGUGCACUGUGUGUGGGAAGGCGUUUGCACAUUCACAACAUCUUAAAUUACACCAGAGAACACACACGGGAGAGAAACCCUUCAAGUGCACUGUGUGUGGGAAGGCGUUUGCACAUUCACAACAUCUUAAAUUACACCAGAGAACACACACGGGAGAAAAACCCUUCAAGUGCACUGUGUGUGACAAGGCAUUUGCACAGUCUUCAGGUCUUCAUAGACACCAGAGAACACACACGGGAGAGAAACCCUUCAGUUGCACUCUGUGUGGGAAGGCAUUUCCAUGGUCAUCAGAUCUUCAUAGACACCAGAGAACACACACGGGAGAGAAACCCUUCAGGUGCACUUUGUGCGAGAAGGCGUUUGCUGAGUCAACACAUCUUAAACUACACCAGAGAACACACACGGGAGAGAAACCUUUCAAGUGCACUGUCUGUGAGAAGGCAUUUGCAUGGUUAUCAUGUCUUAAUUGCCACAAGAGAACACACACAGGAGAGAAACUCUUCAUGUGCACUCUGUGCGGGAAGGCGUUUUCUGAGUCAUCACAUCUUAAACUACACCAGAGAACACACACGGGAGAGAAACCCUUCAGGUGCACUGUGUGCGGGAAGGCAUUUUCAUAUCCAUCAGUUCUAAGGAACCACCAGAGAACACACACAGAAGAAAAACCCUUCAAGUGCAGUGUGUGUGGGAAGGCAUUUUCACAUUCAUCUGCUCUUAAAAAACACCGGAGAACACACACAGGAGAAAAACCCUUCAAGUGCAGUCUGUGCGCGAAGGCAUUUUCACAGUCAUCUGCUCUUGUAUUACAUCAGAGAACACACACGGGAGAGAAACCCUUCAGUUGCACUCUGUGUGGGAAGGCGUUUGCAUGUUCACAACAUCUUAAAAUACACCAGAGAACACACACAGGAGAGAAACCCUUCAAGUGCACUGUGUGUGGGAAGGCAUUUUCAGAUAAAUCUCCUCUUAAAAAACACCGGAUAACACACACGGGAGAGAAACUCUUCAGGUGCAGUCUGUGCGGGAAGGCGUUUUCACAGUCAUCUGGUCUUGUAUCGCACCAGAGAACACACACGGGAGAUAAACCCUUCAAGUGCAGUGUGUGUGGGAAGGCAUUUUCAGAUAAAUCUCCUCUUAAAAAACACCGGAUAACACACACGGGAGAGAAACUCUUCAGGUGCAGUCUGUGCGGGAAGGCGUUUUCACAGUCAUCUGCUCUUGUAUUACAUCAGAGAACUCACACGAGAGAGAAACCCUUUAGUUGCACUUUGUGUGGGAAGGCGUUUGCACAUUCACAACAUCUUAAAAUACACCAGAGAACACACACGGGAGAGAAACCCUUCAGUUGCACUCUGUGUGGGAAGGCGUUUGCACAAUCACCAUAUCUUAAAUUACACCAGAGAACACACACUGGAGAGAAACCUUUCAAGUGCACUGUGUGUGGGAAGGCGUUUGCACAUUCACAACAUCUUCAAUUACACCAGAGAACACACACGGGAGAGAAACCCUUCAAGUGCACUCUGUGUGGGAAGACGUUUGCACAGUCAUCAGGUCUUCAUAGACACCAGAGAACACACACGGGAGAGAAACCCUUCAGUUGCACUCUGUGUGGGAAGGCGUUUGCACAGUCUGGAAAUUUGACACGGCACCAGAGAACUCGCACAGGAGAGAAACCCUUCAAGUGCAGUGUGUGUGAGAAGGCGUUUGCACUUUCAUCUCAUCUUGUAGCACACCAGAGAACACACACGGGAGAGAAACCCUUCAAAUGCAGUGUGUGUGGGAAGGCAUUUGCACGUUCAUCUUGUCUUGUAAUACACCAGAGAACACACACGGGAGAGAAACCCUUCAAGUGCAGUGUGUGUGGGAAGGCGUUUGCACAGUCAUCUACUCUUGCAAUACACCAGAGAACACACACGGGAGAGAAACCCUUCAAGUGCAGUGUGUGUGGGAAGGCAUUUGCACAUUCAUUUUCUCUUGUAGCACACCAGAGAACGCACACAGGAGAGAAACCCUUCAAAUGCAGUGUGUGUGGGAAGGCGUUUGCACAGUCAACUACUCUUGUAGAACACCAGAGAACACACACAGGAGAGAAACCUCUCAAGUGCAGUGUGUGUGGGAAGGCGUUUGCACAGUCAUCUACUCUUGCAAAACACCAGAUAAUACACACGGCAAAGAAACCCUUCAAGUGCAGUGUGUGUGGGAAGGGGUUUGCACGCUCAUCUACUCUUGUAGACCACCAGAGAACACACACAGGAGAGAAACCCUUCAAGUGCAGUGUUUGUGGGAGGGCGUUUGCACUUUCAUCUCCUCUUGUAGCACACCAAAGAACACACACGGGAGAGAAACCCUUCAAAUGCAGUGUUUGUGGGAAGGCGUUUGCACAGUCAUCUACUCUUGGAAUACACCAGAGAACACACACGGGAGAGAAACCCUUCAAGUGCAGUGUGUGUGGGAAGGCGUUUUCACGUUCAUCUCCUCUUGUAGCACACCAGAGAACACACACGGGAGAGAACCCCUUCAGGUGCACUCCUUGCGGGAAGACGUUUGCACUUUCAUCAAUUCUUCACGCACACCAGAGAACACACAAGCAUCAGAAGAUCCAGAAGGAGUGGAGUCUGAAAUCAGCUUGUGAAAGUCAAAGUGCCGCAAUGAGCCCAUCCCUCAUUAAACAAGAACCGGAAGAAAAUCCCAGCUUAGACACUUUUAAAGGUAUCAAGGUGAAAUAUGAAGAGGUGAAGGUGAAACGUGAAGAAGUGAUGGUCAAGAGCGAAGAAGUGAAGGUAAAAUGUGAAGAUGAAGAUUCAACUCCAAAAUCAGACCUUCACAUCGAUAGAGGCAACGUGAAGCAGGAGGAGAAUUCUGACUGUGAGGCAGAGCGAGGCAACUCCCAGCAGUUUGUGGAAGUUGAGGUGUGGGUGGACUUCCUCUGAAACAAUACAAAGUCAAAUGGAGACCCGGUAGAUGUGUAGCUUGAGAUGAUGUCGCUCCAAUAGACGCACCUUUGUCACAGGCCUUUAAUUACAAGAAUGUGAAGUUGAACGCUCAAUACCUAGGUUCAACCUGCAGGGCAAGAGCGGCCAGUCUUUGUGGACCUGUGGGUUGCGUAGAUCUCUAACCAGGAGUGAGAGCCAAUAAGCUCCCAAGCAUUCGAUAUGUAAUCAUAAUUGCAUUUACAUGGUGCUUGCUUAAUUGCCUCAGCAACUUGGAGUUUUGUAUCGUAUCUUGUCUCAAACACUCGAAGAGCAUCCCCAAGUAGCAGCUGCCCCUGUGUGGCACAAGGAGGUGGCCCUGCACCGGCCUGCAUGUGGACAAGAGCCUGUCAGUAGGGGGCGGUGGUUGAUGUGGCAUCUUAGUUGUGGAGUUUGUCGGUAAUGUUUUAGAAUUUGAUCAAUUUUGACCCAGACGUCAGAAUGCAAUGGCCUACUCGUUUUGAAUUACACUAUUAUGUUGUACAUUCACUUCGAUUUAAAGCUUUCGUGACUGCAGGGAUUCAUCUUCUUGGUUCUUUCGGUAAAGUCAUCACGUAGAAGGGAAAUAAUAAAAUAAUAAAAAUACAGCAUAAUAAAAUAAUUCUCACGACGUUUCGGCUACAACGCAAGCAGCC